UGCAACAGCCGGAAGUCUGAUCUUCUUCCGGGUGAGGCGUAGCGCAACGCAGGGGGCUUUGGCUUACUUUCUCUGCGUUCGGCGGUUUCGGCGUCUACCGAGGUCUCCUUUUUUUUUUUUUUUGUGGGUGAACCCGAAGUAUCCGAGGACCGUUGCCAUGGCGAUGCAAGCGGCGAAACGCGCGAAUAUCCGUCUACCACCUGAAGUCAACCGAAUUUUGUAUAUCAGAAAUUUACCGUAUAAAAUCACAGCUGAAGAAAUGUAUGACAUUUUUGGAAAAUAUGGACCUAUUCGGCAAAUCAGAGUAGGAAAUACUCCGGAGACAAGGGGAACAGCCUAUGUAGUCUAUGAAGAUAUAUUUGAUGCCAAAAAUGCUUGUGAUCAUCUGUCAGGAUUCAAUGUGUGCAACAGAUACCUUGUCGUUUUGUACUAUAAUGCAAACAGGGCCUUCCAAAAAAUGGAUACAAAGAAGAAAGAAGAACAGCUCAAGCUUCUGAAGGAGAAAUAUGGAAUAAACACAGAUCCACCAAAAUAAAACUUUUCCUAAAGAACUGGUUAUUUUGGAUUUUUAAAAAACAUCAGUAUUUCUGGGCCAAUGUCACCCCUAAAUAUGGAUACCUGGUAUACGAAGGAUGGGUAAUUUUAGUUCCUCGUUUGAUUACAUAACCAUCUUAAUUAUUCUCACCUUUGGAAGGAUUACUCACUGCUAUAUGAUAAUGAUUGGCGCUUGAAUAUUGAAAUUAGCUAAGGAAUUGGAGUAACAUUUUUCCACAAUUAGCCAUUCUACCUUUUACCCAUUACAAUCAGUGGAAUGUGUAAAAUAUUCUGAGGGUUCAGUCUCAUAUUUAAUUUGUAAAGGAGAAGCAUACAUAUUUUAAAAUAUAUUUUGGUACUUGACUUCCUAAAGUAUAGCCCAUAAUUUGUCUUUGCAUAAUAUGUUGAAAAAAAAGUGAUGUACUUUAAAGAUUGUAAACAUUUUUCAGGGCUGUAGGAAGCGAAGUGAAGAAGUGAAAAAUCCUUGAUGUUUAUCUUGUAUGUACUAUUACACAAUAAUGUCAGUUUAAGGUUGUCAUUUCCCAAGUGGCUCAGAACUGUUGUGUGUUUAAGAGUUCCAUUGCUGACCUGUAGAGAUCCACUUCUGUGUCUCUUCUAUUGCAAUGUGCUGGACCAAAAGUCUGACAGCAUUUGAAAAAAAAAUAAAGCUUCUUGAUCACAUUAACUGCUUCAAAAAGCAAAAGGAGUUUGAGGUUGUGCGGACAUAUGCAAUCCAAAUUUUCUUUGCUAAAAUGUAUAGAAAUGUUCAGUUUUGUUAUUAUGUUGCUUUUGUUUUACAAGUGAGGGAUAACUCUUGCAAUCAGAUACAGUAAGGGUUAAAUAUUUGGUUAACUCUUGUAUAAUGUCUCUAUUUUUUAGAAAUGUUUUUAAAAAUAAAGUGAGCUUAUUGGGCCUUUAAGAGAACAGUUAUGUGAUAUUCUGACUAAAUGAGUCUACAUUUGUUUCAGGUGUUAUGAUUUGCUACAUACCCAGUUUUGUACAUUUUUGUUGUUCUUAAAGUAGUGCUCUUUGAAUAAAUACCCAGGCCUACUUUACUUACACUCUAAAAAGACUUUUGUAGCUGUGUGCUGUGUUUUCACUUAGAUUUUUUCAAAGUUGAAACUGAAAAGUUUUAGGUUUGAACCAUCUCAAGUAGAAGCCCUCAAGGCUGGGUAAGCUGCAAUUCUACUUGUCCCUCUCUUGAAUUAUCCUGUGAUGAAUUGUCCUGUGGCAAGUUGGCUGUGGUGAGUAGUCCCCUUCCAGCAUUUUGAUAUCCCUGAGAAGUUUGGAAAUUCAGAUAUGAUUGAAAUAUCUAAAUAGUGGUUGUACCUUACAACAUACAUCUUACUCCAUACCAUGCGCUGGUUGUAGAUAUGCUAGAUCCAAAAUUCUUACAACUUCUGAAACCAGACCAGAGACUUGACCUUUUAUUAGUCUGCUUUAAGGAUCCUAUUUCUGGUCUAGUUUUCUGGGGGAGGUGAAAUUAGAACGAAAUGGGAAGCAAAUGUCUAACUGUAUAAGAUUACUCAAGAUUUGUUGCAGCUUAGUAUCACUGUACAAAUAGAUUAGCUAAAAGAUA